AUGUGAGCUUUUUAAGCCUUUAUUGAGUAAUAUCCUCCAUUUUUCUCGAAUGCUGUCUAUUCUGACAAGCAUGAAUCUAUAUAUGAGCUUUUUUAGCCUUUAUAUUUGGUAAUAUCCGCCAUUUUUCUUGAAUGCCAUCUAUUUUGAGCAUGGCAAAGAACCAUGAGUUUAUAUUUAUUUGUGUUUUAGCUUUGAUAUUAGAUAAUAUCCUCCAUUUUUCUUGAAUGCCGCCAUUAAUCUGUAUUUGUAUGAGUGUUUUUCGCCUUUAUAUUUGGUAAUGUCCUCCAUUUUUCUUGAAUGCCGUCUAUUGUGAGCACGGCAAAGAAGCAUGAAUCCAUAUUUAUGAGUGUUUUUAACUAUUAUACUUGGUAAUGUCAUAUAUUUUCUUUGAAUGUCCCACAUUUUGUGGCACCUUGUCCUCCUUUGUAGUAAGGACAUUUGUUUAUCCUGAUCAUAUUAGCUCUCAAAAUCUUGGCAGACUAAAAUAUACAUCAUUUCUCACGAUUUAAUAAGAGAAAUUGAUAUCGAUUAUCCAGAAUAUGAGGAAGAAGGCAUUUAUUUGACUAAGAAUGGGUGCUUUUGUUUUACUUUAGUGGUACAUUGUGAGGAUUAAUACAGUAAUAAUAAAUAAUACAGCUGAAAAUACUAUUUUUAAAACAGCACUAAAGAUGUUAACUUUUGUAAGCCGCCUUGGGUACCUUUUUUGGGGGGAGAAAGGCGGCUUACAAAAUGAAAUAAACAAAAUAAACCAAUCUCUUCCAACAGGCCUACCCAAUGUUAAAGCAUGGCUUUUUAACUAGUAAUAUAUUUAAAGACUGUAUUACAUGUAUUUUUUUUUAAUAGUUGUGUUGAGUUGUUGGUUUUAUGGGUUGUUGCUUUUAUGUACAGUAUUUAAUUUUAACAUGACAUAUGAGGAGAGGCGGAAAAGAAAUAUACUUUAUUAUUAUUGUUGUUGCUGCUGUUGUUGAUGAUAAUAAUAAUAAUACUGGGAAGAAGAAUGAAAUAGUGGUAAGCUUGAAGGCUUGUUUUAUGGCUCCCCUCACAGGGAUACCUUUGGUUCACAACAAAGGCCUCCAAGAGGCGGGAAAGCGCGAGCUCUCCUUCGCCUGGGCCUCGCGCCCAUUACAGAAUGAAGCCUUGAUUGACAGGGGUAGGCGAGGACUGAGCGAUGACGACGCGAAGCCAUUGGCUGGUCAGUUUUCAUGGAACUUCAUUGAACGCCUAAGAAGCAGACAUCCAGUUCUGGGUACCCUUUUGUGUGCUCUUCCAUGGACAUGAAACCGUGGGUCUUUUUAGCCCCAUCCAUGCCUGCUUGGUUUUGCUCCCAUUCUCUUGCCAGAAUGACACGGAAGCAACAUCAGCAGGGUGUAGAUGGGGCGAUUGGCUCCAGUUGCAAGGGAUGUGGAUUUGGGGGACCCACGUGUUUGAUUCCUGGUCCCACUCUUUUGAGGACAGAGAAGGAGGAAACAGGUGACUCUGAAAGUGAACCCACAGAUUCGGGAACUUCCUUAUGAUUUGGGGGUAAUGAGCUGGCAAUCUCCAGAGAACUGAAUGCUUCAAGAGAAGAAAGUUCUUCUUAACAAGAUGGCCGACAUCCUAUAAUGGAAGCUUUUGAUAAUUCAUCAUCCAAGCAGUCAUGCCUCCGAGCCGCCAACAUGACAUCCACCCCAGUUCUAGACGUUCCCUACUUUCUCUGUGAGAGCCUGACAGCUUUGCUUUCUAUUGUGGGAAAUCUCUUCAUCUGUGCCAUCAUCUUGCAAAAUAGGAAGUUACGUGCUGUUGUCACCAACUACUUCUUGGUCUCAUUGGCCAUAGCAGACAUCUUGGUGGGGACUGUUGCCAUUCCUUGUGCCCAGUUUACCAACUUGGGUAUGCCACGAUACAGGCCACGGCUGUGCCUCUUGAUGCUUUGCACAUUGUUAGUGUUCACACAAGCCUCCAUCUUUGGCCUGUUGGCCAUCGCUGUGGAGAGGUACAUCUCCAUCUUGAGGCCUUUCCAAUACAAGUCCUUGAUGAGUCCUCGGAAUUCCCUCUUGGUAAUUUUGGCCUGCUGGGUGCUGGCUAUUCUGAUCGGCCUUUUGCCCCUGAUGGGAUGGCACAACCCACUGCCAGCCAACGGGGAAUGCCUCUUCAACAGCAUCAUCAAGAACACAUACAUGGUCUACUUCAACUUUAUGGCAUGCAUGUUGGCACCUUUGUCGGUCAUGAUGGUGCUAUACGGACGGAUCUUCUUGGAGGUCAAACGCCAGAUCCGUAAGGUGGCUGAAGGAGAAGUAGAUGUCAGUGCUCAAGAGAGGCGCCGAAUCAUUGUUCGCAAGGAGUUGCAGACGGCCACCUCACUCUUCAUCAUUGUCUUCGUCUUCACUGCUUGUUGGCUCCCAGUCCACAUCCUUAACACCGUCAUGCUCUUCUGUCCCACCUGCUCCAUCCCCAACCAGGUCAUACUGACCACCAUCAUUCUCUCCCACAUCAACUCUGCCAUCAACCCCGUGGUCUAUGUCUUCCGUAUGAGGUCCUUCCGGAAAGCCUUUGAAAGCACCUUGUCUUGCCUCUGUCUGUCUACCACUGUGGGUGUGCUUUCAGGAUCUGAGAUUAUUGCGUCCAACACUUCGGAGAUGCCGGUUCUUCGGAAUACCUCUCUGCCAGGGAAUUGACUUUCAAACUCUGAUGUCCUGAUGUAACAGUUUGCAAGUGAGAGAACCUAUAACAUUAGCUGAAGCCUUAACAGUGGAAAUGAACUUCACUGGAGGCCAGGUGGAGGAAGCAAGAUACUGUAUUGUUAAAAUGCUCCAAACAGAUAGGCAGUCCACAAUCCACAACAAGUAAAGCUGGAUGCCUUUGAGCCAACCUAUAUGAGAUAUGGUGAACUUUUUAGGGAAAUACAAUAAGCUCUCUGUUGUCUUUCUAAUGGCCUGCACACCCUUUAAUUUGGGGAAACCUUUGGCAAUAGACUUUGGUUGAUAUGGAAAGGGCUUUUAAUAAGAUGAGUGCUGUAUUUUUAACUAGUGUGCACUUUUAAUUUUAAGUUCCAAAUUGUACAUAUUUUUAUUCCAUUGUAUGCUUUUCUACUGUUUUAUUGCAUGCUGCCUUGAGUCUCCCAUGGGAGAAAGGUGAUUAAACGUACCUGUGUAUCAGAACUGUUUUUAAGGUGAAGCGAGGGGUUCAAAAUUGGCAGGGAGUUUACAUGUAGGUAAGUUUUUACAAAGCAAUACUUUGCAUUAAAAGAAUUACUGUAUCUUCAUUAUGGUUAUCAUCUAACUGAAUAUCUGUAUUAACAAUCUAAGUACAAUGAA